AUGCAUGCAUUAACGGAUAAUAGCCUUAGGACUAUCGACGACAGUCGGCCCAUUGAAAAUGGGCUAUACCCACACCCUCUAGAUACAUUCUCUAGACCUCUUCUAUAUCGAGAGCAAUGUCUCCGCAAAUUCUCUGCCAAAUUUCGAGAAGAAAAGGAUUGGACGCAUAAACUCACAGACCGAACUUUUGUCGCUAAUAAGAUGAGAGAAGCUGCGGCUGUGGAUUGCGCUCUUCUUGGCGAAAAAAUACAAAUCUGGAGUAAAGAGGAUGUGGAACUCAUUUAUAGGGAGUUAACGGAGGGUUAUAAACCAUACGUCGAGAAAUGGAAACAAACUAAGCUACAACCUGAUAUAGAUGGUGUUUGGAGGAUAGAUGAUUUUGUUGAUGAGAGUUUAAGACAGGAGCUUAUCAAAGCUGCCGCAACCCUUGAAGCGGACCCAGAGAAACCGUGGCAUUCAGUAGUGGGUCGGCAGUUACUAGACCUUGUCCAUCCCUGCGAUUUUCCCAUAGUAUACGGCCAUUCGAAGACGAUGGAUGGUGAGCCAGUAGAGGCGCCCAAAUUUCGAGAACCCACUCAUGGGGAUUCAACUGAUUAUUAUGCUCCGGAAUACCACUAUUCUGAAAAGUUUUGCUGGCUACCCUCAGAAUUCGAAAUUUCAAAAACUGGAGAAACAAAGAUAGCAUCAUAUGUCAACAACUUAGCUCUAGACGAAGAGAAAACAUUAUUUUAUCCGAUUUUAGAGAAAAUAUUUUCGAAAUUUAUACCGCUAUUCAACCACGCCCUGGCCGAUCUAAGAAGAGAAGCUCAUGAGCUAAGAAGAGUAGAAUACCAAGAAUACCGAGAGCAGCAAAAGUCAAUAUCCGGAAAAUCCGUUACAGAGGAUGUUUAUAUAAAGACAAGAGAUAGGCUAUUCAGGCAGUUCGAAAAGGGCGAGAAACUUACCGCCGAUGUAAUAAUCGAGCCCGAGACACCGAAUUUAUUUAAACGAUUUGUCCCUUUCCAUAAACGAACAGAGGUUUUGUUCGGCGGGAACCCUCCAAGUUUUGUCUGGGAGCCACCUCCAGAAAGCCUGUUAAGAAGUAUUCAGCUCCAAGGUACUACAGUCAAGGUCAUCGUCAAAAUGGCGACUCUGAUCUUGACACCGGAGAAACCACGGACCACCGGGGGGCCUUGGCAUGUGGAGGCACUCAAGAAUGAACGAAUUGUUGCGGCAGGAAUAUACUAUUACGAUCAAAAGAAUAUUACACCUUCAUCGCUAGGAUUUCGUCGUGCCGUCCGCGAUAUGACGCUCUCCGCGCUGCUCAAGAAAUGGGAAGCAUCGCCACUAAGAAUAAUCGGGCUAUAG